AUGGAGCAUUGUCCGGGUCUGGAAACCUCGAAAUGUGGUCGUCCUAGGGUGUUGUCUGAAGCCGGCAAGCGUUAUUGUGUUCAAAAAGUAACCAAAGAGCGGGUUUCAAGCGCCGCCAGGGUCACAAAAAUGUUGGAGAAAGAUUUCCAAAUGAAGAUUUAUCCGGAAACCGUUCGUAGAGCACUCCGCACUGCGGGCUUAGGGGCUAUCAAGAAGGAAAAGAAGCCUUUUUUGCCUAGUGACGCUAACGUCAAGAAGAGACUUGCGUGGUGUAAGCAGCACAAAGACUGGACUGUUGACGACUGGAAACGUGUUAUUUGCACAGACGAGACCAAAAUUAACCGUUUCAACUCAGAUGGGCGAGAGUGGGCCUGGAUCCAAUCUGGUGAACGGCUUCAAAACCACCAUGUCAAGCUCACUGUAAAACACCAUGGUGGUAGUAUCAUGCUUUGA